AUGGCAGGCGCUCGCUUUGGUGCCGGUAUCCUCGAAUGCGACACUUCUCUGACUGCUGAUAAAGGGCUUGUGUGCCGACACUCCCUGUGCGACUUGGCGACCACUACCAAUAUCCUUUUGAAUCCGGAGCUGGCAGCCAAAUGUGCCAAGCCAUUCACGCCAGCGAACGCGACUCAUGACGCCAGUGCUAUCUGCUGCACGACUGACAUCACAGUGGCGGAGUAUUUGACUCUCUGCUCGAAGAUGGACGGCUACAACGCAAGUGCCACAAAUGUUCAGGACUACCAGAUUGGUGCACCUCUGUGGAGGACAGAGCUCUACGACAACUGCGCCAAAGUCCAGACCCUGGAAUCGUACAUCGACCUCGUCGACUCGCUUCCUGGCUAUCGCAACUUUACUCCAGAGCUCAAGUCAGGAGCCGAUGAUCCAGUCACGGCUCAGUAUGCCAAGUUCCCAGCUGGCUACACACAACAGGACUAUGCUCGACAAUUCAUCCAAACGUUCAUUAACAAGGGCAUCGAUCCUGCACGUGUAUGGGCUCAGUCAUUCAACCCUCCUGAUAUCUUCCAGUGGCUAGAGGAAUUUCCUGAGUUCGGCCGCCAAGCGGUCUACCUUGACGAAUCGGGGGAUACGCCAGAGAACUACACCGCUGCGGUUGCCGCUCUGCCGUCAAUCAAAGCAAAGGGUGUCAACAUCAUAGCACCUCCCUUCAACUAUCUUCUCAUGGAGGCAGGCCCAGGAAACCAAAGCAUCGUGCCUGCGCCCUACGCGACGGCAGCAAAGGCCGCUGGAUUGGACAUCAUCACUUGGACGUUCGAGCGCUCGGGACCUCUGUCGCAAGUCAAGGCGACCGAUCAGUACUACUAUUCGUCCUUCGAUGACGCUGUACACACUGAUGGCCAGCUAUACGAGAUCUUGGACAUUUUAGUGCAGCAAGUUGGCAUCAAGGCCAUCUUCUCCGACUGGUCUGCGACGGUCACUUACUAUGCAAAUUGUUUCAAUCUGCAGGGGCCGAGUUCAUCGAACUAUCAAUCCAAGGGCACAUCAGGCGGAUCGGGCACUUCCUCAUCAGCACCAAAAGGCUCAAAUGUCGUGACUCAGAUAUCGGACGGACAGCCUCAAGCUCCAACCCCAACAGGAUAG